UGAACAAUUUGUAGACCGAGUGGCAUUCCGUCUUAUCUUUCCUAACUUCUCUCCUCACUGUCACACACUACUGUGAUCUGAGGAGCAGCCGUUUUCACCAGCGCAGCUUUGUCAGCUGCCGAACCAAAAUCCCUCCACUCAGACCUCCUUCUUUUUCAAUUUUUUCUCCCAAACACACUCUAUUGUUUCCUGUACUUGUCGAGAUUCUUAGUAGAGUAUUAAUUUCCAGAUGAUUAUGCCUUUUAGCUCCCCAUGAUUCAUAAUCAUUCCAGCGACCCUUUAAAAACUUACCAUAUUAUAUCUGGUAUGUAUAUGCACGCUCUCGCUGUCCUUCCCUCUUUCUCGCUCUCUGCACAUCUGCUGUCAGUUUCAGACCCCUGUUUCUACAGUUUCUGUUUCAUCAUAUGAAUUUGCUGAUUUCCCCUUCAUCAUGUGAAGAUUUUUUGGUGUUUCUUUCCUAGUGGGGCUUUUCUUGUUUAAGCAUCUCAUGCUUUGCACAUGGCGUUGUGACUUUGUUUACUUUUCACUGACAUUUGGCUAUUGCUGGGAGGGACAAGAAAAUGUCAUUAUUUUUUUGUGACACUUGAAAAUGAAGAAGAUUGAAUAUAUAUCAAAGUGUUUGUCGAAUGGGACUUCUUUUGAAUGAAGAAAGAUUAAAUUUUUUUGAAGAUUUUUUUUUUGGGUUUGUUUUGAAAGGUGGGUUCUUUUUAGGACUUUCCCCCCCGUUUUCUUGAUUUUUGAUGUUUUUUUAGAGGAAUGAAUGACACAGUGGAGAAAGCGGCGUCGUCUUUGGCAAUUGUGGAGAAGAAGCCGCAGAGGCCUGGUGGAUGUGUUGGUAUCUUCUUUCAACUUUUUGAUUGGAAUCGUAGAUUCGCGAAAAAGAAGCUUUUUUCCAAGAAAUUACUACCACCAGUUCGAUUCAAACAAGCUUCGAAGAAAUUUGGUGGGGAUGAGAAGCAGCCGAAGCUUCGUUUGAUUGCUGAUGAAAACAAUGGGGGAUUCCCAACGGCGAAGAUGUCGAAUGGGGCGGCCAUUGUUGAUAAUGAACAAAAGCAUGAAAUGCAUGUUCCUGGACUUGUUGCGAGGCUCAUGGGUUUGGAUUCUAUGCCGGCGUUGCAGAGAGAUAAGUCGAAGAAGGCUCCUGCAUCCGGUGUUGUUUUGCGAGAAGCAGAGGAAUUAGUCGAUAAAAGGGAAGAGUUGAAAGGUGGGAUUAAGCAUGAAGUAAGGCCUCAGAAACUUCAAAAGACAAGUGGAUGUGAGAGGCAACCCAUAACUAGAUUUGGGACCGAGAAGCUGCCAUUCAAGAAUGUGUUAUCCAAGUCAAGAAAGCAGCAUCAUCCAAAGCUUCCUUCGCCAGUGAAAACUCCCAAGAAUCUUUCAAGGAAAAGGCCAUCUAAACUGAUUGGUGCAGCCACUAGAAUUUUGGAACCUGGUUUACAGACAAGUAGAUCUAGAUGUGCUCUCACUUACUCUAAUGCUUCGCGAGAUUCUCCACAAGAUACCGAUAUGGAGGGAAGGACACGCUCGUUGCCAAGCCAUUCGGAAGGCUCUUAUGGUUUUGGAAGUGUUGCUGCAGUGGGGGAGUCGUCUUGCAAAAAUUGUGGCUAUAUGCUGGAUAGUAUGAACGGUAAACCUACCAUCACUCCACAACCAUUAGUUUUUACCUCACCCUUGUCGAAUAACGUAAGAUCUUGUUGUCAACUGUUGGAACAAAGUAAGCCUGUAAACGCUGCAUUAUAUCAUCAGUUGGAAGAAGAUAUUCGUGAUGGCUGCUCCAUGGCUGCAGCUCCGGUUAUUGGAAAUGUUCAAACUCAUGUGAAGUUCGCCUCGUAUAGGAGUCCUUUCUGUGCCGGGCAUAUUCAGCAGCAUUGCAAGGCUCCGAGGGGUGUGCAUUUACCUCUUAGCCCUAACCAGAAGCCCUAUAGGCAAAAUCAGAUGUUACGAGCAACGGAAACAGUUCCUCUAAGGCCGAAUGUGAUUACUUUGACGAAUAACAAGGCAUCAACAAGUGUUAUGAAUGGGACAAAGAAGUAUGUUUCAGCAAAUCCAAGCUUAAGCUGUAGUUCAAGGUCUCGGGUGCCUUCCCGAAUUGAGAAUGGUAGAUUUGAAUUGGAAAAGAGAAUCCCCAAUAGCAUGAGUGACUCAGUACCUACUGGGAGAAAGAGGAGGCCGAACAAUCUAUCUCGACAAGGUGAAUAUUCUGGUUGCUCAAGCUAUGCAGUAAACAAACCGGUUAUUGGUUCUCCUCAUUCAGUGCGUCCUCACUACGUUGACCAUGAAUGUGGCUUGCUCCAUCGACAAGACAGAAAAUUUGACAGUGUUGCACUUGCAGGGAGCAACAAUGUGGUUUCCUUCACAUUCAAUUCAUCAGUGAAGCAGAAGGUUGGAAUUCAUGAAAUUGGCGAAAUGCAGGUUAGAAGUAGAGAGAAACCGGCAUUAGGAGAAUGUGUUAGAAAGACGGAGUUUGAGAGAUCGCGCCCUAUAAGCGGAGAUGCCCUUGGUGCACUUCUGGAACAAAAAUUGAAGGAAUUGAAUUGCCAAGGGGAGGAUACGGGCAAUGCACCUAAAAAAACCACAGCUACGAUUCUACAAGAGCUAAUAACAGCCUUGACAUCAGAGGCUCCAUUUCUGCAGGAUAAUUUACCAGCUAUAUCUGAUAGGAGAAAUGGUUGGAGUGAUCAGAGCCAUUUGUCAAACUCAAAAUCUUCAAGCGUUUCACAGGGAAAUGCCAUGGGUGUGAACCCGUCUUUUGACCAACCGCUCGAUGCUGAGCACCUAAGCCCAGGAUCGGUUCUUGAAACCUGCUUUUCUACUGAGAGUUUUCCUUCCAGCAGUGCAGACGAUGGCCCAGGCUACAAAAUGGUCCAAGAAUCUCUGGAUUGCUCUUAUUGUGAAACAGAGUCUGCAGCCUCAUUGAACGGCGUUGAGAAUUCAAAAGAGAUGAUCGUUGAUAUCCUCAACAAUGUCUCUGAGAUCUUAUGCUGCAGUGGGCUUGCUUUUGGCUUGAAAGGGAACGAGGUCGAGCAAGUAAAGGAGGUGCUUUUGAAUGCUGAGCUGGUAUUCCAUAGCGCGCUGCUUUCAGGUUCAGCCGUAGGAAAAGGCUCCCCAAUCAAACAUUUGCUCCUCGAUGAACUGGAUAUGCUCGCAAGCGUUUUAUGGAUGAACUUCGGUUGCUCCCUAGGGGUUGAGGAUGGUAAGGAGGUGAAUCAACUGAAAACCUUCGUUUUGGAUUCGGUCAUGGAGUAUCUGGGCGUUAGAUUUCAAGAAUUUCCCGGGAGUCGAUCCAAGGUGUCGAGAAAACUGCCUCUUCGCAUGAACAACAGCAUGCUGAUCCUGGAGAUUGUGGAAGUUGUUAGGAGGUGGGAGGAGCUGUCGAGGUUGUGUGUCGACGAUCUGAUCGAGAGAGAGAUGAGCCGUUCCUUGGAGGAAUGGACGCAGUGUGAGAGUGAAGCUUUUGAGAUCACCAGACAGUUGGUGCAGAUUUUGGUGGAUGAAAUUGUGAUGGAUCUUUGCAACAUGCUACACUAGUAGAAAAGAGACCUCAAUUCUUAUGUAAGACUCUUAAUUCCCAACACUUAAAGCUAACCACUGUACAAACUGAUGUAUUAAUUACCAAUUGUUGUAUGUAUCUUUUCACUCAUCAUUUUAA